AUGUUGGAGCAAGGUGAACAGCCGUGGGUAACAGGUCUCGGAGGCCGCCGCCCAUUGGCCGGGCAGCGGGCCAAUGAGGGGUGCGAAGCCGAAGACGGGCCUCCCAGGAGGGGGCGGGGCGGGCCCGUGCCGGGUCGCGUGCUGGGUCGCGAGCCCCUGGUGGGCAAAGUAACGGCCUCUCCCCAGCCUCUCCCUCCCAGCUCCUGCCCCCGCACCCACAGACCUGCUCCAGGCAGCGCCCGGGGCGGAGGCAGCAGCGGCGGGGUGCGGGUUGAGGGAGCUGGGCCUCGACGCCCCCCCCUCAUCCCCGAGGACGGCGACCGUGAGGAGAGACAGAACGGGCGCGUCCCCGGACGCGUGUCUCUGAAGCGGCGGGGCUGGAGAGGCCUGGUCGCAGGCGAGGAGCCCCGACGGGGCGCCCGGGCUGAGCCGCGGGGUGAGCCUGGGGCUCGGCGGCCGAUGGGGUCAGGGCCUGGGGACGCGCUGCGGGCUGACAGAACUGGCGGCGAGGCGGAGCAGGUGACUGACCGCGACGCGCAGGCUACCGCUGCCUCCCCAACGUCGGGCCGCGGCGGCGCUGAGGCGGAGGCCGACAGGGAGGGCCCGUCAGGCGCGCCUCGGGGUCCGGCCGGAAAAAGGAGAGGGAAACCCGGGGGCGGAAGCGCGGGGUCCCCAAAUGAAUGUUCUGGGAACGGAUUCCGGCCGAAAGUCGCGUUCCGUGGAGGUGCGAAUCGCUGCUGGAACCUCAGUGCGGACGCCAGCAGUCGACUAACAGAUGUCUUCAACAGCGUCAUGCUGACGGGCUCCCCUUCCUUCUAUGAUUGCUACAAAUCGCAGAAUGAAGAUAGUGUUGACCUAAGGCAGACCUAUGCUCCACUUUCUUCAUCAACGGAAUAUGCAACUUCUGUAGAUUCUUCACUUUUCUAUGCACCAUGGUCUACAUAUGGAGAUGAUAUUAAACAGCCCUCUAAUUCUCAGAUCAAUGUAAAGAACAGGAUUCAAACAGAAAGAAAUGACUAUGGUAGUGAAACAGACUUAUAUGGACUUGUGUCUAACAUUUUGGAAGAACAAGAUAAAUCACAGCCAUACUUUGCUGAGGGGACCUGUUCCUCCAAUUUAAAGUCAGUUUGGCCAAUGAACACAAGCAGAUUUGCAGAUCACCAUGACCUCUUAACAGAAACCAAAAGGCCAGUAGAUACAGCCAUCUCUCAGCAAGCUUUUUAUACUGGUGAAUCUGUGUCAACAGUGGAAAAGCAGUACCUACAUAACAGUAAUCUCAUACCACAACAAAAAAUAGAUGAACUUUAUCAUGGAUUUACUGGUUUAGACCUUGAAGAACAAUGGAUGUACCCCUCACGAAGUGAUCAUUCCAGCUGUUACAAUAUUCAGACAAAUGAAACAGCUAAGACAGCAUUUCAAGAAUAUCCAUUUAUCAAAAAUUGUUUUACACCACAAACUGGUCUGUCUGACAUCAUGAAAGAAUCAGGAGUUGAUACUUACUCUUAUGGAAGAGAGAAAAUAUGUGCUAAAGGUCUUGAAGCACCAUUACAGCAAAAGAGGGCAGAGAUAUUUCUUUCCCAAUUUAAUAGGUACAGUGAAAAUCCAGAUUAUUGUAGAUACCCAGAAUAUGCUCAUCCUAAUAAGGCUAAGCUGAGUAAGUGUUCAAAUUUUAGUGUCCAAGAUGGUAAAAAAUUAGCUAGUGCCACACCUGAAGCACCAACUGUAGAAGCAGACACCUACACCAAGUUAUUUCAGGUAAAACCAACAAAUCAGAAAAAAAUGGAGGAGACAAUACCUGACCAGCAGAAUUUCACAUUUCCAAAAACUACACCACAUCUGACAGAAAAACAGUUUGGAAAGGAAGCAGCAUUUACUGCUGAUUUUGGCUUAAAAUCAGAAUAUGGACUAAAACCUCAUACAACUUGUCCAGCUAAUAAUGAUUUUGCUAAUGUCACAGAAAAACAACAGUUUACUAAACCUGACCCCCCAAAUUCUGAGUAUUUUAAAUCAGUGAAUUUACUAGCAAAUUCAGCAACAUCUUCAGGAGGUAUCAACUUAAACAGACCAACAUGGAUGAAUGUCCAAACAAAAAAUAACACUCCUAUUCUUUAUCGAAAUCAAGGUAACUUGAUGAAAUUAAAUUCUCAUUUAAGUGCAGCUUCAAAAGGUUCCAACCAUUCUUCAGAUUUCCCCCAACUAUCAUCUACAAAUUUAACCCCAAAUAGCAAUUUAUUUCAGAAGUAUUGCCAAGAAAACCCUUCAGCAUUUUCUAGUUUUGAUUUUGGUUACAAUGGUGCAGAAAGAAUCCAAUCUGUCAAUCACAUGGAAGGACUGACAAAGACUGGAGAAGAAAAUCUCUUUGAAUCUGUUACCGAUAAAAAAAUAAAGCAGCCAAAUGGAUUUUGUGAUAACUAUUCAGCUCAGCAGUAUGGGAUCAUUGAAAAUGUAAACAAACAUAAUUUUCAAGCUAAGCCCCAAAGUGGACAUUAUGAUCCUGAGGAAGGGCCAAAGCAUUUAGAUGGCUUAUCUCAAAAUACAUAUCAAGAUCUAUUGGAGUCACAGGGUCAUUUUAAUAGCCACAGACAAGGAAGUGGAGACAGCAAUAUUAAUAGCCGUGUGAAUCGCACACAGGUGUCAUGCUUUUCUAAUAAUUAUAUGAUGGGAGAUUUAAGGCAUAAUCAGAGUUUUCAACAACUUGGUUCAAGUGGGUUUCCGCUAAGAUCCACUCAUCCAUUUGGCCAUUCAGUUGUUCCACUGUUGGAUUCAUAUGAUUUGUUUUCUUAUGAUGACUUAAGCCAUUUAUACCCAUAUUUUAAUGAUAUGAUGUAUGGUGAUAAUUCCUUUUCUGGUUUCGUGCCAACUUUUGGAUUUCAAAGACCAAUUAAAACCCGCAGUGGACCAGCCAGUGAACUUCAUAUUCGUCUAGAAGAGUGCUAUGAACAAUGGAGAGCAUUAGAAAAGGAGAGAAAAAAGACUGAAUUGGCCCUUGCGAAGAAUUAUCCAGGGAAAAAAGUAUCCAGUACUAACAAUACUCCAAUUCCACGGCUGACCUCCAACCCAUCUAGAGUUGAUCGGUUAAUUGUGGAUGAACUUCGAGAACAAGCCAGAGUUGUGACUCUACUGGGCAAAAUGGAACGUCUUCGAAGCUCUCCCCUUCAUGCUAAUAUCUCUACAGCUCUUGAUAGGCACUUGGAGUCCAUUCACAUUGUACAGUCACGUAGAAAGGAUGAAAUUGUUAAUGCUUCAAAUCGGCAAAGGCAAGGAGUUCCUAGAUGCCAAGAUGACAGAGAUGUUUUUGCGCUUGCUUCAGCAAUUAAAGAGAUGUGUGUAGCUACUCGGAAAGCGCGUACUACCCUGUGGUGUGCACUGCAGAUGACCUUGCCAAAAACAGCCAGUACAGCUGGCCAAACAGAUGUAGAAAAGGCUUUACAAGAUAUAGUAAACUGUGAAGAUAAAGUCCAUGAAAGCCUAAAUAGUAGCAAUCCAACGAACCAGAGAGGUGAAGCAAACAAACAUUAAGGAGAUGGCAGCAGAAAGAAGAUUAAAAAGCUGAUAAGUAAAUGUAUCAAGACAUGCUAAAAAAUUUUAAUGAACUUGUCAGACUUGAAAAUUUCAUUACAUUAAUUGUCUUUCAGAUUUAAAGUUAGUAAUACCUUAAUGAAGUCUAACUUCUAUUUAAAAAUCUAUUUGGAAUGAAUCAGAUGUAGUUGAAAGUGAGUCGAACGUAAAGUUGACUAUUCUAGGGCAACUAGGAAUUCCCAGGUAGUCAAAGAUAACAAGUUUAAAUUAAAUUUUUCCUAACAGCUGAAAUAUUGCUGAAACUCAUUCUGCAGUGCAGGGAAAUGCAAAUAUGAAAUUCUUCUAGAAGAUAAGUUUCAUUUAGGUCUGCCUUAAUAAGUAUAAUUCCAAAUAAUGAAUCUUAAGUGACUGUAACCCAAUUAUGGCUACAGUCUAGUAACCAAAACAAGUUUUGAUUGUGAUAUAAGAAUGUUUUCCUCACAAAACUGGAUAAUACCUAGGGAACAUAGGAAAGAAGGAUGAACCCAAUAUUCAUGUAAAAAUUUAAUAUUUAAAAUACUACCAUAUUUAUAAAUUUGAAAUCUUAGUGCCUAAGUAUUUGGAGGGAAGUGCAUCUGAUUCUCCUAAAUUAGUGAUAAAAGUGCCAGUGUAAAAACCAUGCAAGUUACUGAAUAUAAAACCUGUUCAAAUCAUUUGUGUAUAUUAUUUAAAUUUUAAUUACACUAUCAAUUAUUAAAUAUUUCCAGUUUUAAAGUAUUUUAAUUGAAUCAAAAAACAAAACAUUUCUUUUACCUGGAUCUUUUAGACUUGAUGCAUAACUAAAAUAAUGACUAUUGUUUUAAUACCCUUAGUUUGCUGCCUUUUUGAGGGUAUCACGAAGUUCUAAAAUGUAUUUUUUAAGGUUAAUCUUUAGUUUAGUUUGCAAUUGGUUCGUGUAUAUUUUGUGUAGUUGUGUUCAUUAGUUUGCUUCUGAAUUUUUUUAAAAGAGCUCUUGAAAGCUUGGCUUUUUCUGUUUCUCAUCACUUAAUAUCUUUGUAUGGAACCCAAGUAAUUUAUUCAGUAAUAUGAAAUGUUGGUAUUAUGUGACUCAGAAGAUCUUGGGUUUUAACAUUUCUAGCAUGAGUUAAACUAUAAUAUAAUGUACUGAUGAAAUUUAAUUGAACUACCCUUGACUAGAAACACUAAUGUUUUAAAUGUUGGUGUUUUUCUUAGUUUUAGAAAUCCUGGUAUUAAAAAAAAAAAAAAAAAAAAGAGUGUAAUCACACCACAUAAAUUUUCUUUAGAUGACGUGCGGAAGAAACUGAUUGAGAAUGCAGGAGUAACUGUAGGGAGAAACAUUUUGAUCACUGAAAUGCCUUAAAACUACCCAAAUGAAUUACAUUGAGGGUAGUCAAAUAAAAUAGAUCAUCCCACCACAGUCACUGCAUAGAAAGUGGUUAAGUUUGAUAUAAGACAUGUUGGAUGUUAUGGAAACAAACAUUGUACUGAAUUUAGUCUCUCAAGAAAAAUAAAUUGCUUUGUUGA